UCAAUAAAUCUGUCAACGUCAAAACAGCAUGGUAUUUUAUUUUUGUUUUAUGGAUUUUUUAUCGAAUGAUAAAAACUUUCUUAGGAAAAAAUAAAGUUAUUCAUGUGACCAAACAUACUGAAAAGAACUGAAUAUCAAAAGAUCUUAGAUGUUCCUUUAAAGAUUUUCAAAAUGAGUAAAACAAAGGAGACAGUAAACUUGAAAGCAGCCAGCGUGGAAGCGUGCAGGAUCUGCUUAGCCACGGACACAAAGUUGCACAGCCUACAGAGCACAUACCUCGCUACAAGUAGUGAGGUAUUUGCACUGUUGGAAGCUGUUGUAGGAUAUCAAAAAUCAUACAAAGGACUACCAAAUUAUAUUUGCUAUCAAUGUGCACCAUGCUUGGUAAAAUGCCAUAAAUUAAUUGAAAAAUGUAAAAUAUCACAGGCUGCGCUCGAAGACAUGUACAAAAAGAAUGGACAGAUAACAAAACCACUCAUAGAAAAACAGAACAGAUCUGAACUGAAAUUGCAGACUCUAGACAGCUAUGAACUAAUAAAUUAUUACUACAUAAAAUAUGAUGAUGACAACAACAGAGAAGAGACAUCAGAUUUCAUCAAAACAAAGCCUGAUCCUGACGCACAAACAAAUGGAUCGUUAGAACAUGAAUUACAGGAAGCAAUUGAAGAACUUUCUGAAAAAGAAAUAUUAGAUAUAUUACAAAAAUCUCUGAAAAAUCAAGACACUGAUGAAUCAAGUAGUGAUAGCGACGUGCAAGCCAUAGAAGUUGACAUACCAACUGUAGAAAUUGCUUCUGACGAUGAAAAAGCUGGUGAUGACUUCAUAAGUUUGAAAACGUAUAAUGUGACGGUUGAUAGGGAACCAGGAAAUUUCAAUAAAUGUAAAAGGCCCAUUUAUAACCGUGCACCUGGUCUAAUAAAAAACGAAAGACCCAAAGUGAAGGAACCAAGAAGGAAAAAGAAGAAAAUAAAUAAUAAUGAGUACAAUCCAAUGCCAGUCGAGCCUUAUGUGCGGAAAUUCUUCAAUGUUACUAAAACAUCGGGAACAAUAAGCGGUAGGAAGUUUUCAUGCAAAUCCUGUCCGGCCACAUUUCCGUAUCCUGAAGAAGCAAAGGACCACACAUACAUUGGCUGCCCAAAUGCUGCACCGAGAGUUCGAGCUGGUACAAAUACUGCACCAAAAGUACCACGUGUUCCCAGUGCUGUACCAAAAGUACCAACUGGUCCAAAUACUGCACCAAAAGUACCAGGUGUACCCAGUGCUGUACCAAAAGUAUCAACUGGUACAAAUACUGCACCAAAAGUAUCAGUUGUUCCCAGUGUUGUACCAAAAGUACUAACUGGUGCAAAUACUGCACCAAAAGUACCAGGUGUUCCCAGUGCUGUAUCAAGAGUACCAGGUCUUCCUAGUGCUGUACCAAGAGCACCAUCUGGUCCAAAUACUGCACCAAUAGUACCAGCUGGUUCAAAUACUGCACCAAUAGUACCAGAUGUUCCCAGAGCUGUAUCAAAAGUAUAAGCUGAUCUAAAUACUGCACCAAUAGUACCAGCUGGUUCAAAUACUGCACCAAUAGAACCAGGUGUUACCAGUGCUGUUCCAAAAGUACAAGCUGGUCCAAAUACUGCAUCAAUAGUACCAGAUGUUACCAGUGCUGUACCAAAAGUACAAGAUGGUCCAAAUACUGCACCAUUAGUACCAGGUGUACCCAAUGCUGCACCAAAAGUACAAGCUAGUGCAAAUACUGAAACAAAAGUACCAGAUGUUCCCAAUGCUGUACUAAUAGUACCAGUUGGUACAAAUACUGCAUCAAUAAUACCAGGUGUACCCAAUGCUGUAGUAAGAGUACCUGCAUCCAAAGCUGUCCAAAUCUACAUGCUGGGAUACAUAGCCUGGCAGCUAUUGAUAAAUAAGUCAUAUAUACCUAUAUAUAUUUGCCAAAUAUUAUCUACUCACAUGAUUAAAAAAGAAAGUUUUAUUUUUUGAGAUUAUUAAGAUUUUAAAAUGUUUCGAUAAAGAGAAUAUUGUUCACUGAUGAGAAAUAUGGACUUGAAAUAUAAAAAUAUUGUAUCAUUGGAAGAAAAAGAAAAUUUGUACUAUCAUGAAUUUAAUAUUUGCCAAACUUUCUCUGGUGUAAAAGAUGUGAUUAUGCCUGUUAUUGAGAAAUCAGUGUUUAUGAAUGCUAAGUUUACAAAAUAAAUAGUCUCUUAGUUUAUAAGAGCUUCACUUGAGCUUCAAAUACCAUAUAAUUCUAGUCUGAUAUUUGUAAACGUUCUUACUGUAACAGCAUAUAUUGCAAAAUAAAUAAUUGUAAGCACAUAA